AUACGCCUCCCCCCACCGACCACUCCCCUCCUCACUACUGCGAGACAGCGCAGCACAGGCUGCCGCCCGCCGCAGGGAGAGGAGAGAAUCCGAGAAGGCGCACAGGAGCACCCUCGUCGCCGGCGUCCAUGGGCGGCGCCGCGGGCGAGGCGAUGCGGGCCGGUGUUGUGGCGGUCUUCUUGGCCGUCGCGGUCUCGGGGGCGGCGGCGGGGACGCUGCCGAGGUUCGCGGAGGCGCCGGAGUACCGCAACGGGGAGGGGUGCCCGGCGGCGGCGGCCGGGGUGUGCGACCCGGGGCUGGUGCACAUCGCCAUGACGCUGGACGCGCACUACCUGCGGGGGUCCAUGGCGGCGGUGUACUCGCUGCUCAAGCACGCGUCCUGCCCGGAGUCGAUCUUCUUCCACUUCCUGGCCUUGGAGGCCGGCGCCGCGGCCGGGGAGGAGCCGGAGCCGGAGCUGCUGCGGCGCGCGGUGGCCGCGUCGUUCCCGUCGCUGCGGUUCGAGAUCUACCCGUUCCGCGCCGAGGCCGUGGCGGGGCUCAUCUCGGCGUCCGUGCGCGCCGCGCUCGAGGCGCCGCUCAACUACGCGCGGAACCACCUGGCGGACCUGCUCCCGCGCUGCGUGCCCCGGGCGAUAUACCUCGACUCCGACGUGCUCGCCGCCGACGACGUCAGGCGGCUCUGGGAGACGCGCCUGCCCGCCGCCGCCGUGGUGGCGGCGCCCGAGUACUGCCACGCCAACUUGUCCCGCUACUUCACGCCGGCCUUCUGGUCCGACCCGGGCCUCGGCGCGCGCGUCUUCGCCGGGCGCCGCCGCCCGCCAUGCUACUUCAACACCGGCGUCAUGGUCAUCGACCUCCGCCGCUGGCGCGCCGGCAACUACCGCCAGCGCAUCGAGCGCUGGAUGGAGAUCCAGAAGGAGAAGCGCAUCUACGAGCUGGGCUCGCUGCCCCCGUUCUUGCUCGUCUUCGCCGGCGAGGUGGAGGCCGUCGACCACCGCUGGAACCAGCACGGCCUCGGCGGCGACAACGUGCACGGCAGCUGCCGCCCGCUCCACGACGGGCCCGUCAGCCUCAUGCACUGGUCGGGCAAGGGCAAGCCUUGGGACCGCCUCGAUGCCGGCAGGCCGUGCCCGCUCGACCACACCUGGAAGUCAUAUGACCUCUACAUCCCCAGCGACGGCGCCGUCUCGCCGGCGUCCGGGCCUGCAUUGGCCGCAUCCUUGUUUUCAUGGUAGAGAAGAGCUUUGUAGUUCCAUAGGCGCAACAGUUACUCGCUGAUUGAGCGGUUCUUGGCAAUGGCAAUGUGCUCCAUUGCAUUGUCUUGCUGCAGCUGUUGUCACUGCCGCUAUGAGCUAGCUGCCGCUCAUGGUGGGCUGUGUACAGGGCGGUGAAGGGGGAGGGGGAGCGGCGGCGACAGCAGGGGAACGAGAAUAGGGGAUGAGUUGAUAGAAAGGGGGAGCUCUUGCUCUUUUGGGUAGAAUUCAGAUUGGUUAUUUGGGGGGAUUUUGAUUAUUUUUGGUCCGGCCGGUGAUCCUUGGGGUUCCCAAUUCUCUCGAUUGGAGGGUGUACAAUUAGGAAAGACUUGGAAUUUUGUUCUAUUAUUGAUCAUUCUUUGAUUCAUAUGCAA